CCUGCAAGACGUUCGAACGCGCGUUGCGCAGCGCGACACUUCCGGCCGAAUCUGACAGAUGUCCGAGAUGUUAUAGAUCUCACAGCUGUUUCCAAAUUCGCGUUCGCGGAUCAUCGUCGAUCAUCGCGGGAUGCUGGCCAACGCGCGUACGCAGGCAGAUCCGAUGUGCCGGCGGGUUUGAGAGCUACGAGAAGUACGGAGCUUCUCCUCGCGCGGCUCGACCGCGCGCGAUUAACCUGCGUGAGCGAAAGAAGACAAAAAAAAAAAUAGCAAGAUCUUUCCGACAGGCUGACCUUCUUCUCGUGUAGAAGCCUAAAAGUCGGACCAGCAGCCAGACCCCGUGUGCGAAGGUGUCAUGCGGCCAGUCUUUUAAAGAAAAUAUAUACAUCGACAUUUAGCACCAUGCCAGAUAGGAACAAAGUUUUGGUCGGUGCUGGAGUAAUAUGGGGUGUGACCCUUUGCUGUCUUUUAUUUAGUCGCAAACUAUUGAGACCCAUGGCAUUAUUAAAUUUCAUCCCUGCUCUGUUAUAUCGUAAUCAGAAAAUAGAGAAUGAGGACGAACAGACGUGUGAUGCAAACAAUGCUGGUACAUCAACGAACUGUGAUACUAAUGUACAUACAAGUGCGCAAAACGAAGUCCAAAGUAGGCAACCAACACCAAAUCUUAUAAUAGGUGGAUUAACAGGAGCGUCACCGCCAAAAUUUGUGUCUUUUGAUGAAAUCAUGAAAGCUGCCAAUGGAAUGAAAAAUAUGGCCUUAGCGCACGAAAUCGCGGUAGAUAAGAAUUUUCAGCUGCAAAAAUUGGAGCCAGAGGACGGUAGUUUUCAUAGGCGAGUAAAAGAAAUAAUGCACAAAGCUUUUUGGAAUCUAUUAGCGGAGCAGUUGGCAGAAGAUCCGCCAGAUUAUUCGCACGCACUGGUUUUAUUGAAAGAGAUUAAAGAAACACUGGAUGAACUCGUACCACCACAUAAUUCGAGAAUCAAAGAAAAUAUCAGAGAAGUCCUUGAUUUAGACUUAAUUAAGCAACAAGCGGAGAAAAGCGUAUUAGAUUUUCGUCAUUAUGCGCAAUAUAUAAUCUCUAUUAUGGGUAAAAUAUGCGCGCCAGUGAGAGAUGAGAAAAUUGCAGAGUUAUCGCAACAGAUAGACAUCGUCGAGACAUUCAAAGGUGUCAUGGAAGUAUUACAAUUAAUGAAAUUGGACUUGGCGAAUUUUACCAUCACGAUGAUGAGACCGAAUAUCAUCGCCUCGAGUAUCGAGUAUGAGAAGGCAAAGUUCGCCGAAUUCUUAAAGGUUAAUUCGAAUGGUUUGCAAUACACAGAAAGUUGGUUACUGAGACAUUUCGAUUCGGAGAAGAUGACAAGUUCAUCAAGCGCUGGUACUAAUAAUGUAGGAAAAAUUACUCACUCUCUAUUAACAGAAGCGUAUCUCGAUCUUUUGGAAUGGGAUUUCAAUCCGGACGCAGAGACAUUGAUGUUGGAUCAAGGAAGACUUUUGGAAUUACGUGAUAUAACCAGCAGAUUGAGCAUCGUCGGUUCUGUGAUAUUAUUGAUUAAUAACACAAUUGGUGCGCCAAUUUAUGGGGUUUCAAGCUUUAAAAAGAAUAUCAAAGAACAUUUGAAUGUAUUAUUAGAUUCAGUACAUUCGAACAAAGAUUUAGAAGCUGCAAUGCCAAAUAUUAUAUUACAAAUAAAAACGGAUAUAAAAGCAACAUUACGAGAAGUUAAUGCUUCUGAAUUGUCACCAGAAUUAGAAACACUAUUAGAAGGCCAAAUAGCUGAUCUUAUAGACACAAAACAUAAAAUCAGAUAUCUCGUCAAUCUACGGAUUAGACAGUUCCUGCAGAAAAUCAUUCAAUCGCAAUCCAUCGCGCCCCAGCAAGUACCACCAGGUCUUUCCUCAUUGCAAGAGGAAUUGACGGCCGUUGCAGCCCGAUUUGUAAUACUUGUUUCGCAUAAUCGCAGCGUGUUUGGCGAAUAUUAUCAGGAUAUUGUUGCAAAUGCACUUGCAAAAAGCGACGUUGACAAUAAUAAAGAGAUAGAUGGAACACAUACUAUGGAAUUGUAAAAAGAAAUAAAUAUAAAUAAAUGUUAAUAUACACUUGGA